AUGGCAUCGGGUGAUGAGAUAAAACAUCAUGAUCAUGAUUCUGAUGAUGAAAAUACUACAGCUCAUGGCUAUAAAGCUCCACAAAAAGUGGAUAUUAAUUCAAUUGUAAAAAAAGAUGAAGAUGAUGAAUCCUUAACACGUUAUAAAAAACUUUUAUUGGGUAAUUCAAGUACUAGUACACAAAUUCAAAAUCAAUUAAUUGAUGCUAAAGAUUCACGUAUUGUUUUACCAAUACGUAUAACACUUUUAUUUGAAAAUCAUAAACCUGAUAUAACAUUUGAAUUAAAAGGUUCAUUAGAACAAUUACGUGAUUUACAUUCAAAACGUACUGUAACAAUAAAAGAAGGUGAAUCUUAUCGAACACAAUUAGAAUAUUAUGUUCAACGUGAUAUUGUUACUGGUUUAAAAUUAGUUAGUAAAGUAUUAAAAGCACGAACAAUUACAGUUGAUAAAUCGAAAUAUAUGAUUGGUUCAAGAGCACCAAGUAAUGAAUUACAAACAUAUGUUAGUGAUCUUGAACAAGCACCAAGUGGUAUGCUAUCACGUGGAUCAUUUUUAGUUAAAUCGAAAUUAAUUGAUGAUGAUAAGAAUACAUUUGCUGAAUGGGAAUGGAAUCUUGUUAUUGCAAAAGAUUGGCAAUAA